CCUGCCUGGCCUAGAGGACAGUGUUGUGUCGGGACGGGGCGAUAAGGAGCGCCUCCGCAAGUCCACUAUGGUGAUGGACACAGGGUCAAUACAGGUUAAACACAGGCUCAACACAGGGUCAAUACAGGUUAAACACUGGCUCAACUCAGGGUCAAUACAGGUUAAACACAGGCUCAACACAGGGUCAAUACAGGUUAAACACAGGCUCAACUCAGGGUCAAUACAGGUUAAACACAGGCUCAACUCAGGGUCAAUACAGGUUAAACACAGGCUCAACACAGGGUCAAUACAGGUUAAACACAGGCUCAACUCAGGGUCAAUACAGGUUAAACACAGGCUCAACUCAGGGUCAAUACAGGUUAAACACAGGCUCAACACAGGGUCAAUACAGGUUCAAAACAGGCUCAACACAGAAUCAACAUAGGCGCCAUACAGAAUUAACAAAGGCUCAACACAGAUUCAAUGCUGAAUCCACACUGGCUCAAUACAGAAUCAACACAGACUCAAUACAGAAUAAACACUGUCUCAAUACAGAAUAAACACAGGCUCAAUACAGAAUCAACACAGGCGCAAUACAGUAACAACAAAGACUCAAUACAGAAUAAAAAUCGGCUCAAUACAGAAUCCACACAGGCUCAGUACAGAAUCCACACAGGCUCAAUACAGAAUCAAAACAGGCUCAAUACAGAAUCAACACAUGCUCAAUACAGAAUCAACAAGGGCUCAAUACAGAAUCAACACAGGCUCAAUACAGAAUAAGCACAGACUCAAUACAGAAUCAACACAGACUCAAUACUGAAUCAAAACAGGCUCAAUACAGAAUCAACAAAGGCUCAAUACAGAAUCAACACAGGCUCAAUACAGACUCAAAACAUAAUCAACACAGGCUCAAUGCAGAAUAAGCACAGGCUCAGUACAGAAUCAAAACAGGCUCAAUACAGAAUCAACACAUGCUCAAUACAGAAUCAACACAGACUCAAUACAGAAUCAACACAUGCUCAAUACAGACUCAAUACAUAAUCAACACAGAAUCAACACAGGCUCAAUACUGAAUCAACGCAGACUCAAUACAGAAUCAACACAGACUCAAAACAAAAUACAGAUGAGACACAUGCAAGAUACAGACUCAUCACAGACACAACACAGACCCAACACAGACACAACACAAGCCCCUAACACCUCAUUAAAAUGUGUUGAUGUGUGUCAGUUCCAGAGUAACGAGGCUCUGUUCGAGGCGGUGGAGCACCAAGAGAUGGACCUGGUGCAGCUACUCCUGUCCCAGUACAGUAUGGAGGAGCUGGACCUCAACACCCCUAACAGUGAGGGCCUGCUUCCCCUGGACAUCGCAGUCAUGACCAACAACGUACCCAUGGCCAGGCUGCUGCUCCGCGCCGGAGCCAAAGAGAGCCCCCACUUUGUGAGCCUGGAGGGCCGCGCGGUGCACCUGGCCACGUUGGUCCGUGAGGCGGAGCAGCGUGUUGGGGACUUGCAGGCCCAGGUGCGGAGUGAGUUCCCCGGGGAGCGGGAAGCGUCGGACCAUGAGAGGCAACUCAAGGCCUGGGAGUGGAGGCACCGGCUCUUCAGACGCAUGCAGACGGGCUUUGAGCAUGCCAGCCCUCCGGAUGUUCCCAGCUCUGUCCGUCUGUCUGUCAGUAGCAGCUCCAGUCUGAGGGUGGACUUCCAGGAGCCUCUUAGUGUCAACUCUGCAGUAGUCACCAAGUACAAAGUGAGUUGGAGCAGUUCCCCUUCCCUCAGUCCUCUGUUGGGUGAGGCGCUAGUAGAGGACACCAGUCUAUUGCAGUGCAACAUUACCGACCUCACACGCGGAGAAUAUUACUAUGUCCAGGUGUCUGCCUUCAACAUGAAGGGAUGGGGUCCUGCCCAGAACUCCACCCCAUCCUGCGCCUCCCCUUCCAGUUGGAGGGAGAUUGACGGCCGCGCACCUCGCCAGCGGGGACAGAAGGAGGCGCUAGACCAGCUACUGGGACAGAUUAAAGAGACGCACCGCCACUGUGUGUGCCACGAGCAGUGCAAAGCCCCUCCACAUGUGAGGAAACAUUCCGUAUCCAAAAGCCUGCGCCACCUCUUCCAGCCUACCAGCAAAUUUGUCAAAAGCUUGAAACGAGGUCUCUACUUGACGUCUAUAUUCUACCGAGAUGACAACGUACUUGUGACGCCUGAGGACCAGAUCCCCAUCGUAGAGAUAGAUGACUCCUACUCCAGCUCACUGAUGCAGGACUUCCUAUGGUUCACUAAGGUGUCCUACCUAUGGGAGGAGAUUCCGUGGCUGCAACAGUGUCUCAGCCCCUCCCAGUCUUCCUGCUCCUGCACCCUCCAGACACGCCUCAAGAUGCUGCAGGCCGUAUCCCAACUACAGGGAAUGCUGGGAACUCAGGACCUGGGUCAGGUUUACUUUGAGCCAAUCAAAGACAAGCAUGGCAACGCGCUGCUGGUGUUGCUGAAGGACAUGAACGUGUGUCCCAGUCUGGACGGGGUGAAGUGGACACAUCUGUGUAAGCUUCAGCUUCAACGCAAGUCCAUCUCGUCCCCCGAGGAGCCCACAGCCCUGGACACGCUGCUCAUCACCCUCCACGAGAAGCUGGCGUACCACAGACGGAGCAGAAAGCUCCUCUCCCCAGGCCUGUACCUGGGCUACCUGAAGCUGUGUAGCUCUGUGGACCAGAUCAGAGCCCUGGUGCCUCAGAAGCUACCCAACGUCCUCUGUCAUGCUAAGAUACGAGACAACUGUAAUGUGUCUAGGGAAGAGUGGCAGUGGCUGCAGGCCCUCAGUUCUCUGGAGGAGUCUCUGGAGAUGGACCAGGAUGUGCAGAGCGCUCCACACCGCCUCCUACAGGACCUACGCAGAGCUGCCAAGGACCUCAUGGCCCACAUGAACAUCCCUGUCAGCCAGGUGCAGGACUUCCGUAUCUACGCCCAGGAGGUGUUGGAAUUUGGGGACACGGUGUCCUUCCUGCUACUGCUGCCCCCCUCAGACGACGUGUGUACGGCCCCCGGCCAGAACAACCCCUAUUCCCCCCGAUCAGGCUUCCUCACCCUGCCUCUGCAGAUCUUUGAGCUGGUUCACUUUGAUGCCUACUGCCCCAGCUUCAUAGGGCAGUAUUGCCGUGUGUCUGCCCUGCUGGAGCUGGAGUCGCUCAUGUCCCAGCAGACCCUGAGGGAGGCCUUCUCUGAGACGGAGCUCCACGCCGCCAAGCAGAAACACCAGCAGGUCCAGGAGCACAUGCAGCAAAUGGAGGAGGUGUGGCGGGAGGCGCGGUGGAUCAUGGACGCCCUGCAGUAUGCCCGCUACAAGCAGCCCACCGGGGCCAUUUCCCUGGGCUGGAUCAUCCACUUCUCCAGGGACGCAGUGCCCGACACGCCCCGCUCCACCUCAUCCCAGCCAGACUACCUUCCCUCACCCAUGCCCUCCCCCGAACCCAGCCGCAAGCACUCUGUAGACUUCCACGGUCUCUCAGAUGAAGAGGGUUCCUCUGAGGUCUUCCUCACCACCGACAGCGACUACGACUCUAGCCGUGCCCAGAGCCCCCGCGAGUUGGACCUUCUGCCGCCCUCGCCCCUCUCCUCCUCCGGCGGCGGUGUGGGAGGAGGGGUUGGAGGGGGUUCAGGGACAGGAGCACUGAGAGACUCCACUCCAGACGUGCUCCAGGCCUCGGAGCCCCAGACAGGUCCUGCCGGCGAACAACGGCUGAGCGGAGGGGGGCCCGGUGGGGAGAGGCGGAGGGGCAGGGGGGGUCCCAUGGAGCUCUUCGACAGCGACUUCAUCCUACCCAGCAGGCAGAUCGAACUACUGAGGAUCACAGAGAAGAGGCAGGCCUUCUGUGUGAGAACCAGUAGUCUUGAAUUCCCCUCUGGUGGUCAUACUGCACACUCACCCUCACCAUCCUCCUCCCCCCACCGCCGCUGGCACCGACCCUCCUCUGUGGACCGCUGCUGCCCUGCUGAGCGAUGCCUGCCGCACCCCCAGCCCCCCGUCCGCACCCUGUCAGAGGACAGCGGCACCCAGAGGCUCUCAGGUUCCCCCUCGCCCGGUGCCCACAGGAAAGGCUGGCACGCCACGCUCCGGGUGUACCCGCAGUACCGAACCGGGCUACCCAAGGAAACCAGUGUCAAGCUGCGGGUGACCCCAGGCACGUCGGCCAGGGAGAUGGUCCAGCUGGUGGUGCAGGAGAUGAACGCGGUGUCGCGCCGGCUCCUCAGCGGUAGCAGUAGUAAUGGAGGGGGAGCGGAGGGAGAGAAGUGUCUGUACAGCCCUGAGCAGCUGGAGCACUUUGGACUGGUGCUGGUGGUGGACGGCAGGGAGAAGUGGCUUCAGGAUGACUACUGUCCUCUGGAGCUGCAGAACCCCUGGCUCCGGGGCAAGCUAUGUGUCCGCAUCAAGGCGUACUCACCCCUGGCACUGCAGUACAGCAGGGCGACUACUGUUUGAAACUAAGGGGUGGGGAAGG